AUGGAUGAUGAACCAAACCAGGCGGAAAUCAUCACAUUGUACAACUUAAAUUCAUCCGGAGACGCAUAUCGCACAAAUCGAAUGUUUUGGAGUACGCUGCACUAUACAGGAUGGAGCGCCAGUCAUUCGACACAGGUCGAGUUCAUGUGGCGCGGCCGUUUCGUAUGGACGCGCAUUCUUUAUUUCGCGGUGAUUGUAGUGGUUCUUCGACAAAUUCCUAUCUUACCAUGUGGAAUGGAACGCAGACUGCUGAAUAUCGUUUGUAAAUUCUGGUUCAACUGGUUUCUCUACGCAUAUUUACUGAGUCGUAUCAUCAUUUCUGCGAUCCUCAUCAUGAGACUGUACGUUAUGUACCGCUGUGAUCGCCGCCUUCUGGUCGGCCUAUGCGUACUCUUUCUGCUGGAAUUUGCUACAGAGUCAGCUAUAAUCUGCGAUGUCAUAUACAGUCUCGAAGGUCAGUCACGUAUGGUUCAUAAUGACUUGGACGUUCAUCUGUCAUCUUAUGCAGUGAUCGGACUGCGCUCCCAGCUGACCGGCUGCAUCGCAAUCCCCACUCGCUCCUGGGCCUGGGCGUACUGGGUUCCAGUGCUAGUGUUCGAGAGCGUGCUCUUCGCACUAUCCGUCAUCAAGACCGUGCAGCAGUCGCGGGAGGACACCUCCACACCAUACCUCAUGAUGGUGCUCAUCAGAGACUCGAUGUUUUACUUUGGGGGUGCUCUCGCUGCAAUUUUGGCGAAUUUUAUCGUCUGGAAAACACAGGUGAGCAAAUGA